UUGGUUUUCUUCUUUCCAGAAAAAGAAAAGCAGCUUACCUUUCUCUAAUUGGACGCGAAUCCAUGCAAAGUUUGAAGAUAUUUUCACAAUUACAUUCUGAUGUCUCCACGUGUAACUUAAUAGCCUGAAAAGUUGACCAACACGGGACACUUCAUGUAAGCGGGUCCAACAGAAGGCCACGUGGACCACGCCAUUCUUAGCUCUAACUGUGUGGCCUCUCUCUCCUCUUCUGUUAAUCUUCUUCUUCUUCUUCAACGCCAACAAUCUCUCAAUCCAAAAAAAAAAAAAAAAGAAGAAAAUGUCAAUGUCCUCUCUGCAACUAUCUAGUUGCAGCAGCGCAGCUCACCAUCAUCAUAAUCAUAAUCAUAAUCAUAAUUUGUUCUCUCAAACUUCAUUACGUGGCAGAGAUCUGUGGUGCUUACUCCAUGGAGUACUCCCUUGGAAGAAACACAAUAAAGUUCUUUCUCUUAGUAAAAGAACUCUCAAGGUUCAUGCAACGUCUGAUAAUACUAAUAAUAAUUCGUCAUUGAAGAUGAAUUUGAAUGAAUACAUGGUUAAUCUUGAUAAACCGUUCGGCAUUCGUUUUGCUUUGUCUGUUGAUGGCAAAAUCAUCGUUCACGCUCUCAGGAAAGGGGGGAAUGCGGAGAGGUCCAGAAUAAUAAUGGUAGGUGACACUUUAAAUAGAGCUAUUGAUUCGUCUAGCGGCAGGCUUGUUCCUAUCAUCGAUUUUGGUGAUGCAGAGAAGAUGCUGAUGGAGAAUAAUGGAUCUAUUAGCUUGAUCCUUGAGAGGCCCUUUUCUAGUUAUCCAAUUCAUCAACUACAUCAUACGAGUGAUAUAGAUAUAAUGUUCAAUCGGGGACGGAUUCCUAUUGCUACUUGGAACAAAACUAUCCUGUCUUCAAAUUUGAAAGCUUCUGAGGGAAGUGGGAAUUCUGGUUUUAUAACAUUUUCGUCAAAGUUUUUAACAUCCCAUGGAUGGAAGCUUUUGAAUGAUGAUCCAAAAGGAUAUGUGGAUUUACCAUCACAGAAGACUCUUCGCUCUCCUGUGAGUCAAUUUGUUUGUGUUUUCUCGGAGAGGGAGUCUGGAGAUGGAGAAUGGGCUUAUGGGAACUUUCCUGUGGAAGAAUAUAUCAAAGCAUUGGAACGUUCUGAAGGCGAGCUAUACUACAAUCAUGGACUUGGUAUGCGAUUCAGUAAGAUUACUGAGCAGAUAUAUGUUGGAUCUUGUAUACAAACGGAAGCCGAUGUAAAAAAUUUGUCCAGUGUGGGGAUCACUGCUGUAAUCAAUUUCCAGAGUGUUGCUGAAGCAGAAAACUGGGGAAUCAACUCCAAUUCAAUCAAUGAGUCAUGCCAAAGAUCCAAUAUUCUCAUGAUCAACUAUCCUAUAAGGGAUGCAGAUUCCUUUGACAUGAGGAAGAAAUUACCAUUUUGUGUUGGGCUACUAUUGCGCUUACUGAAAAAGAAUCAUCGUGUUUUUGUCACUUGUACUACUGGUUUUGAUCGAUCUCCUGCUUCCAUAAUUGCAUACCUUCAUUGGAUAACAGAUACAUCCCUUCAUGCUGCUUAUAAUUUUGUGACUGGAUUGCAUUUUUGCAAGCCUGACAGACCAGCAGUUGCUUGGGCAACCUGGGAUCUUAUAGGUAUGGUGGAAAGUGGCGGGCAUGAUGGACCAGCGACGCAUGCUGUGACUUUUGUGUGGAAUGGUCAAGAGGGAGAAGAUGUAUCCCUGGUUGGAGAUUUUACUGGAAAUUGGAAAGAGCCGAUGAAGGCGAGCCACAUGGGUGGUCCAAGAUAUGAAGUUGAAGUUAGGCUUCCACAAGGAAAGUACUACUAUAAGUAUAUCAUAAAUGGGCAAUGGCGGCAUUCAACAGCGUCACCAAUAGAGAGGGAUGAAAGGGGAAACGUCAAUAAUAUAAUUGUGGUUGGUGAUAUUGCAAACGUGAGGCCUUCUAUUCAACAAAAAAAGAAGGAUGUUAACAUUGUGAAGGUUAUUGAGAGGCCAUUGACAGAAAAUGAGCGCUUCGUGCUGGCAAAAGCAGCUCGCUGUGUUGCAUUCUCUGUCUGUCCAAUCAGACUAGCUCCAAAGUAACAGGGCUUUGAUUCCUUUACAUGCUUUCAUAGCCGCUCAUGCAACAAGUUCAUUCUCUUUUCAAGCCUAAAAUCAUCAAUUUUUAAAGAAGUCACCAUAUCAAUUCCUUGCAGAGAAAUAUUUUUGUUGUCGUAUGAUGUUUCGCCAUAGAAAUAAAACAUGCUCAGUUCAAAGUAAAAAGAAAAUCACCAUGUUGUAAUAGUACCGUGAACUAAAAUCUUUGUAUUAAUAGUCUUUCUUUCUUUCUUUCUUGUGAACCGUUGGAUAAAUAGUUCAGUGAACAAUUUUUACUA